CGCGUGUUUUAAAAUUUGCCAUGACUUCUUGGUCCAAACAAAAUACACUGCAUUUUAUAGAGGCAGUGCGCAGGCAUCCCUGUAUAUGGGAUGUGAAAAUACGAGACUAUAAGAACAUUCUCAAAAGGUACGACGAGUGGGAGGAAAUUGCCAAGGCAUUUAACGUGUCAAGGAAGGAAUGUGAGGACAAGUGGCAUAAUUUAAAAAGCCAAUACAGUCGCGAGUUAGCGAAAAGGAAGAGCAGCAAAGGAACUGGAAGUGCUACAAGCAAUGUGUACCACACUUCAUGGUAUGCUUUUGAAAGUAUGCAGUUCAUAAGAGACAAUUACAAACCACUCUCUCAUAGGAGCACACAUGAAGUAGUACCAGUCAUGGAAGCCCCAGCCACGGAAGGAGAUGGUGAAGGAGAAGGAGAAGGAAGCAUUAGUUUCCCUUACGAUGUCACAGAAAUGGAGGAGGUGACAUUUGCCACGCCCCCAGAAGACAUUGUGGAAGUGGAAACCACUCCACUCAUCUCUGUGCCUCCACAUGAAAGUGGAUGUGCAACCGUGCCACCGUGUACCACUCCAAGUCCGAGUGGAAGUGGUAGAUCAAGUGCACUGAAGAGAGCCAGGAGAGACCUGGAUGAAGACCGAGAAGGUCUUUUACAGACCUUGAAAAAAGUUGGCGACAAUUUAGCAGGCAGGAAAAGGGACCAGUUUACCCACUUGGGUGACUUGGUCGCCAAUAAGCUUAGAUUUCUGUAUGAAAAUGGCCAUACUAGAAUUAUGGCAAGACUUGAAAACGGAAUCUACAGAUGUUUGCAGGAGGCAAACGAUGAACUAAUAGAUGCAAAUGCAACAUAAUUUAUGUAUUCCUUAAAAACCAUGUAUAAAUGUUGAAAUAUGCAUGUAAUGUGCUGUCAAGUACUAUUAAAUAAAACU